UCAGGUAGCAAUAGUGUAACUAUCAUUGUUAUGUAUCACUGCAUGUCAAGGCAGUGGAUUAUAUUAUACUGCACUAUAUUAUACUGCACCAUUGGCCCCGACGAGUCAUCUUGUUCGUAGGAACGUAAUGUUUAUAUCAGAACUAAUCAACAUGAAAAUUUCAAGUAGGUAAAGAGAGACGGCACUCCCCUCUGGGUGGUAUCAUUGCGCGUUGCCCGGCGUUAGCAUCGUGAGCUCAUCGAGGUGCACCUCGUGAGCGAUGUUCGGAUCUUAUUAUGCAAGUCAUCGUGAUACAUGUUUAUAUCCUCUGUCUUGCACCGUUCACGGCGAGCUCGUCUGCCGCUACAUUCCCGGGAUCAGCCGCGUGGCCUUUUACCCAUUGGAAGAAAGUUUUCGUUCCAGCUUCGGUGCGCUCAUCGAUCUUAGCUCGGAUAGCUUCGACGAGAUCUUUGUUCUUCACCAGUCCGUCUUUAGUUUUCCAACCAUUCUUCUGCCAGUUCACGUACCAUUCCGUCGCGCAACUAAUCGAAUAUUUGCUGUCCGAGAAGAUGCGUAUUUUUUGUUCGACCGGUACAGUUUCUAAGGCUCGAAGAAUGGCCGUUAAUUCAGCCCGUUGGUUUGUCUGUACUUCACCCUGAAGGCGCUCUGAGAUAUUUCUAUGCAAAUACGUUAGUAAAUAAACCAAACAUUCAAACUAGCU